GCAGUUAGGUUGGUUCGUUGCUUCCACCCCCUCCCCCUCUCCCACCCACGACUCCUCGAACCAAGCCAAGCAACCGCGGCGCCCCAGACCGACGGACGGAGACCAAGCCAGCCAGCAAGCCAUAGGCGGCGGAUCCCGGCCCCGCCGACGAGACGCAGAGAGAACCCCGCCCACCCCCUCCAGGACCAGGAGCUCGCCGCCAGAGCAGCAGGGGGGAGAGGAGCCGCCGGCUCGACUCCUGCCGCUCGAGCAGCCAGCAGGCAGCAGGCCCCUCGCGCGAUUCGGAUCCCCCCGCCGACUCGCGCGCGCCGGAGAUCUGGACUCCCCUCGCCCCCGCCGCGCCGCCGUACCGGGGACGGGAGGGGAGGAUCCAUGUCCCAGCCCCACAGGCGCAGCACCGGGAACGGCAACGGCGGCGCGGGCUCCGGCGCCGGCGGGGGCGGGGGCGGGGACUACAUCAAGUCAUGGAUCAUGUGCGGCAACCUGCAGCGCGGCUUCGGCUCCCUCGUCCGCGAGCCCUGCGGCCUCAGCCCGGACCCCUACUACCUCAAGGGGGGCAAAAUGCUCAGGCCGGAGAAAUGGAACGCGUGUUUCGAUGCCGAUGGGAAGGUCAUCGGCUUCCGUAAGGCCCUCAAAUUCAUUGUCUUAGGGGGCAUGGAUCCCUCUAUUCGAGCAGAAGUUUGGGAGUUUCUUCUUGGGUGCUAUGCCUUAAGUAGCACAACAGAGUAUAGGAGGAAACUAAGAGCCGCUCGAAGGGAGAAAUAUCAAUGUUUAGUUAGGCAAUGCAAGAGUAUGCACCCAAGCAUUGGUACAGGUGAGCUUGCGUAUGCUGUUGGCUCAAAGCUGAUGGAUGUCAGGACUAUGCCAAAAGAAAAUGACAGUAGAGAAGAAGUCAGCACAAGUCAACGAGCCUCAGAAAAUGCACCUGGCAGUACAGUAGAAAACUCGAACUUAAAUUAUGACUCUGCUGGAACACCAGAGUCACAAAGCUGUAGCAAAUCAGCUGAAGUAGCUGGUUUCAACGCACAUAAUGAUAGCUCUGUAUAUAAUUCAUCCAAAUUUAUGGUGUCCUCCACAGUGGUGAAUAGUUGCUUGUCAGAUUCUGGGGAUUACAAUGACAUGGGUGAACCAAGAUAUGACAGUGAGACGUUCAUGGAGUAUCCCUCCCUGCCUGGUACAAACUUGUUCGCAAAUGAUGGUGGGGAUGUCAAUGGGGUUGACGAAAGUCUUUGUAGUUUCUCAGUUCCUGAAGAUAGGUUAAGACAACGUGACGAACGCAUGCACAGCUUCCAGAUCAAUAAUAACAUAGAUCUCAUUAUGGAGUCCAAUUCCAGUGAUCUGUUUCGGGCUAGCAACAGUGACUCAGCCAUCUUUCACUCUGAUGCGUUCAAACAGGGUAGAUGGUUGGAUGACACUGGCUACAACAGGGAAAUAGUAGAUUCUUUGAAGAUAUCUGAUGCGCCAGAAGCAGAUUUUGUUGACGGAACCAAAUCCGACAGUCCGGUUGCAAACAAAGACAGAGUCGCCGAGUGGCUAUGGACAUUGCAUAGAAUUGUGGUCGAUGUUGUCAGAACAGAUAGCCAUCUCGAUUUCUAUGGAGAAUCAAGAAAUAUGGCGAGAAUGUCAGAUAUACUUGCAGUUUAUGCAUGGGUUGAUCCUUCCACUGGAUACUGUCAAGGUAUGAGCGAUCUUCUUUCCCCUUUUGUUGUUCUAUACGAGGAUGAUGCAGAUGCCUUUUGGUGUUUUGAGAUGCUACUGAGAAGGAUGCGUGAAAAUUUCCAGCUCGAGGGACCUACAGGAGUUAUGAAGCAGUUGGAAGCAUUGUGGAAGAUCAUGGAAUUGACAGAUACAGAAUUAUUUGAGCAUUUAUCAGCAAUUGGUGCUGAAAGCCUCCAUUUCGCUUUCCGGAUGCUGCUAGUGCUUUUUCGUCGAGAGCUAUCUUUUGAGGAGUCGCUGAGCAUGUGGGAGAUGAUGUGGGCUGCUGAUUUUGAUGAAGAUGCAAUCAGGAAUUUGGAAGCGAACUGCCUAGAACAAUUGCUACUAGAUGUGAAGAAUGAUUUUUCAUGUGAGGCCAAAGAAGAGCCCCGGGUGAACAAGUACACGAGAAGAAAAUCCAAAAGCAGGAGAUCCCAUCGUAGAAAUGGUGAAAUCCGCGUGUCUUGCAACCCUGGAGUGAAAUCUAGUACAAGAAAUCCCCUGUGUGGCUUGUCAGGUGCUACUAUCUGGGCAAGGCAUCAACAUAUGCCUCAUUUGAGUACAAAUGUCUUGACAAAGAAUGGAGACGACGAACUGCCUAUAUUCUGUGUAGCAGCAAUCUUGAUAAUAAAUCGGCACAAGAUUAUUAGAGAUACUCACUCAAUAGAUGAUGCUAUCAAGAUGUUCAACGACAAUAUACUGAAAAUCAAUGUAAAAAGAUGUGUGCGCCUGGCUGUCAGGCUGAGGAAGAAGUACCAGUACAAGGGCGGGUUGCUACAUCUGCCUUGUUCGUCGGAUUCCGGUAGAAUCAACCACUCGAUCGACUUAAUUUCCCCCGCCGGUGCUGCCUCUGUUUUGCCGAAGAUGCUGGGCGGACUUUACGGCGACCUCCCGCCGCCCACCUCGGCGGCCGGCGACGACGACAAGCCGACCGCCUCCGUCUGGUCGAGCGCCACCAAGAUGGCGCCGCCCACCCUCCGCAAGCCCUCCGCGACCUUCGCCCCUCCCACGUCCCUCCUCAGGAACCAGCACCCCCGCCCCGCCGCCGCUCCCAAGGCCAGCGCCGUCCACCAGCAGCAGCAGCAGCAGCCGCCGCACCCCCUCCCCCUCGCCUCCGCCGUCACCACCACCACCGCAGCGUCCUUCCACCCCGCCCUCGUCGCCGUGCAGUCCACCGUGCUCGAGGAGUACGACCCCGCCAGGCCCAACGACUACGAGGACUACCGCAAGGAGAAGCUCAAGCGGGCCAAGGACGCCGAGAUGAAGAAGGAGCUCGACCGGAGGCGCCGCGAGGACCAGGAGCGGGAGAGGGAGCGCGAGCUGAGGGAGGCCGAGGCACGCCUGCGGGAGGAGCAGUCCAGGGCCUCCUCCCUCAACAUAUCCGGCGAGGAAGCCUGGAAGAGGAGGGCCGCCAUGAGCGGCGCUGGCGGCGGCGCUACUCCUCAGAGGGUCUCGUCUCCGCCCCACGGCGAUGCCAGUGGCUUCUCCAUCCCAGGCUCCUCCUCCUCUGGCUUGGGCGUGGGCGCCGGCGGCCAGAUGACCGCUGCCCAGAGAAUGAUGGCCAAGAUGGGGUGGAAGGAAGGCCAGGGGCUCGGCAAGCAAGAGCAGGGAAUCACAGCGCCUCUGGUUGCUAGGAAGACUGAUCGGAGGGCAGGGGUUAUUGUCGAUGAGAGCAGUUCCAGGAGGCCCAGAUCAGCCAACUUUGAAGGCCAGCCCACCAGAGUAGUGCUGCUGCGUAACAUGAUUGGUCCGGGCGAGGUUGACGACGAGCUGGAAGACGAGAUUGCCUCGGAGUGCUCCAAGUUUGGGGCUGUGUUGCGCGUGCUGAUAUUCGAGAUCACCCAGGCAAACUUCCCCGCAGACGAAGCAGUGAGGAUCUUCGUGCUGUUCGAGAGGACAGAAGAUUCAACCAAGGCGUUGGUCGAACUGGAAGGGCGCUACUUUGGCGGACGCAUAGUGCACGCCACCUUCUUCGAUGAGGGAAGGUUCGAGAGGAACGAGCUCGCUCCGAUGCCCGGCGAAGUACCAGGGUUCGACUAAACCUUCAUAAGCAGACUAAAGAACUGGACGUUGGUGUCUCGGGUGUAAUUUAAUCUAGAGCAUGAACGCUGUUUUUCUCUUUUCUUUUGAGGACAGUUUACAGCAUGUUGACCUAUUGCCGUUUUAUUAUUGUAGAGUUGUUAUUGUUAUAUAUUCUUUGUCUAGAUGUAGGGGUGAGCAUCUGCAUCGCA